ACAUAAUGAGGUAAGGAAAUCAAACCUUUUAUUAGGUGAUGCAGGCUAUGACUGCUUGAUUUCUUUCUUCCCCAAAGUACCAAAAAUUCCCUUGGAUAAAAGAAGGAAUUAUAAGAUCAUAUAUGCUUGUGAUAUAUGGUAUAUGGUAUAUGGUACUAACCCCCUCACGAUGAACUCGUGUUAGGCAUGAAGUCAUAUAGCAAACCUGCCUAAACUUGUUCAUAUUACUACAAGCUUUUGUUGUUUCGUUUGUUUAGUUGUGCUUUGUUUUGUUUUUGAUAGUUUUAGUUUUUGAGGGUUUGAGACAUGAAUACAACAUUGCCGGAGAUGUUACAAUGUUCGGACUUGACGGUGCUCGAGAGGCAAAGGGCUCGCUUGAAAUGGCAAGAGGAACAGUUUCAGCAACAACAACAGCAGCAAAGCUAUUUCAGUGAGUUAAGUUGUGGGGUGUUUUCGAGCCAACCAACCAUGUACAAGGCUUUCAGGGUGGUUUCAUGGGCGGUGCCAGUGGUGACUCGGUGUUACCAGACAUGGUUAUGGCUCGGCAAGUGAAGCCUGACCCUGGUUUAGAGAGUCCCUGGCCUGAGUUGGGGAAGGUUGACAUGGCUGCCAUGGGGUUUGGCCCAUGUGGAUACGGUAAUGGCCCUAGUUUUGACAUGAACCAUGCCAUUUCUAGGACUUCUAGCUAUCCGCCAGCUGUGGUGGCGACCAAAGCGGUGGAGGUCAAGGGUAACUAUGAGAAGAUGGCUUCAGCUGUUGGUAAAGAAAGCUUCAACAAAAGGAAAGCUGAAAAGUUGCAAAACUCAAAUGUUGUUGCAGAAGAGUCCAAGAGGAUCAAAGCUUGUGAAGAUGAAGGAGAAGAGUCGAAAAUUACAGGGCCAAACACCAACAAAAGCAGUAACAACAAGAAGGAAGCUUCUGGUGAUGCUUCUAAGGAGAAUUCAAAGGUUUUUGAGGUUCAAAAGCCUGAUUUUAUCCACGUCUGGGCACGUCGUGGUCAAGCCACUGAUAGCCACAGUUUAGCUGAGAGAGUUAGAAGGGAGAAAAUCGGUGAAAGAAUAAAGUAUCUGCAAGAUUUAGUACCAGGAUGUAACAAAAUCACAGGCAAAGCUGGUAUGCUUGAUGAAAUCAUCAAUUAUGCUCAAUCUCUUCAACGGCAAGUAGAGGUAAAAAAAUAAUGGAGAAAGAACAUAUGGAUUUGUGUAUGAACACAAAAAUUCUUUUUCAUUUCUACUAAUUACUUAACUACUUUGAUACAAUUCAAACACAUA